CACGAAGUUCGCUUUUGCUGCUCGAUCCUUUCGCUUUUGCACGACUCCAUGCACGCCCACAAUGGCCGCCGACGCAGAUGGUAGCGUUGGCAGUGUGCCCCUAGCGCACCUGGCCCUCCUACGUGACAAGUUGCUGCAGGCGCCCGAGACGAAUCGCGCGACUGCAGAGUCUACCGCCAUGUCGAUUUCGCAAUCCCCCAGCAAGAAUACUUCCGUGGGGCUUGCGGCUUCUGUUCCUGAGACGGUGGAUGCGACUCUCACGCCCCAUGCUGCCUCUCUCCGACCGCCACCUCGAAUGGGUGUUUCGAAGUCUGCGACAGGCCCGGAGAUGAAGGCCAUGAUGAAUCCGGCGCAGUCUCAAGAGGCGUCUUUGACGAGAGCGUCGUCUUUUCAUGGAUACCCUGGGGGAGACACGCAGCCUAUGGAGAGCCAGGUGUAUCGCGACUUCAACGCUUCGGUCAUUUUCCCUGCCCUUGUCACGCCUGUCAAGGCUGCAUUCCCUCAGAUGUCGGUGUUUGAAGAGACGUGCGACGAUAAUGGGGUGGAUGUGAGCAAGACGCCACAUACCUGUGCUGAGGGAGAGACGGGAUUCAUUGAUUUGGAGAAUGCCAUGCCGUCUCCGGGCGCGCAGUCUGUGUCUUCUCUGGUCGAAGGGUUCGCCACGAGUCCGCAAACGGCGCUGAGAUUCACGAUGCCUGAGACACCGGCUAUUCCGGGGCAUAAUCGAAGACACAGCAGCGAGAUCCUCACAUCUGUCACCACUGCUCAGAAAUACCCGGCUUUCUCCCAGCUCUUUGGAGGAGGACAUGGAGGAGCAAUGAUGAGCGCCACUCAAGCUUUCAACCAGACUCAGGCACCCUCAUCCCCUAUGCCGGACGUCCCCCGCUCCGAUCCUAUCAUCACCCGCCCUUCGCCUCACCUCAAUCACCACUUUCACACCUCUUCUCCGAUCAUGACCAUGUCGUCGCCAGUAGCGACAAUGCGCCCUUCCACCGCCAGCGAGCCAAGAGAUCGAUACACGAGCAUGCGCGAAUCGCAGGAGAGGAGGGCGGCGCGGCUGCGGGCUGAGAUCGGUGUGGCGCGGGACUUUGACGAUGACAUUCUCGCCGAAGAGGAAGAGGAGGAGAUGGACGGAGAGCGCCUGCGGUUCGAGAUGAAACGCCUGCAGAAAGUCAAGAGCGACCAGGCGCUUGCGGAGUUCGCGCGGUUUCGGGCGCCUUCGCGACAUGGCUCCAGGCCUACGUCGAGUCCGAGGCAGACGCCUAUGAUCGACUUGACGACUCCAGCCACAACGAAGAGAGAUGGUGCCGGUGAUGUCGCGGUUCUUGAGAAGCAUAGUGAUGUGGAGGAUGAUGACGAUGAAAUCGAAGAUGCACUUCCCGAGGACGAGGCGCUCGUGAACGAAGCGCAAAGCGAUGAUGAGUACGAUGAGCUCUCACAGGCCGUGCUUAGAAGCCAGGGCAAUGUUGAUGAGGAAGUCGACGACGUGGAAUCUACUGGGCCGGACGAUGUUAGGGAUGAGCUCGAGGGAUCCAACGAGAACGGUCCUCCCGCGUCACACGUGGAAGAUGGUGGCGAACAGAUCAUGGAGGACCGGCCGGAGUUGGCAACGCAAUUAUCAGCCGUUGCUGAUUCGCAGCCCCAGCAGCAAGAUGGACACCGAGGGAGUCUACGCGCACCUCUCAAGGAACCAUCGUCUAUGGCUUCGUUUGUCCCCGGUUCGCAAUACGCUGGCAAGACGAGCCAGGAUCUGGCACGGCUUCAGUCGCGCAGUAUCCUGAGCAGUCCGCCCCUUCCAAGCAUGAACGCCAGAGCUGCAUCCGUGACCGAAGUCCCAGAAAGCGACUUGCCGCAAUCCGACGACCACCACGACACUUCCUUACGCGCCGCGACAACAACCACCGACUCAAACAGGAACAACAGCAACAACCAAGCCCCCUUCUCCACCGCGCAAACACACGUCUCUUGCGCGGCAACACAGAAGCAAAAUUCAGCCCUCUCGCCCCUCAAAAUCCUUCAAAGCCAGCGAAGCAUGCCCGCUUCGCAAUCCCCUCUCACGGCUGCGGGCGUACGUCGUUUCGCUGACAUCGCCGCUGCGGCCUCUCAGUCACCCCUCAAGGGCGGGCUUGUUGAGAGCGAGGUGAAUGUUGAUGCAAUCAUGGACGAUUUCAUCACUGCUGAGGAUCAGGAGUAUUUGCAGGCUGUGUCUAGUCCGCCUUCUGAGCCGCCGUUGAAACGGCGGAGGAUGGCGAGGGGGCUGGCGAGGAAUGUGGCGGCCGAGUCUGAUGCUGCUAGAGAGCACGCUACUAUGCUUGAGCAAGCGCCUGCUGCAGCUGUCGACGCUGACGAGGUUCGCGAUCGGGAGGUGCAGGUUGCAGCUCCGACGGCGGAACCCUUGAUCGUCAGGGCUCUGCAAGAGAGUCCGAGCAAGGCCAACGAGAUGCUGCCCGCGACGCCAGAGAGUGUGAUGGAACGUGAGAAGGCGGGCUCGAAGGCUGUGUCGCAGCUUCUUUCGAAGAGAGCUAGGAAGCCGACGGAGAAGCUGAGGACGUAUCAGGUAAAGAAGGUGGUCAAGCCGACAUCUGCAAAGGGCAAGAAAACUACUGUCGCUGCGUCGAGUGCUGCGCCAGACGAAAAUGUGACGACGCCAGCCGUUCCCGAAGAUCAAACAAAGGAAGAUCAGAGCGGCGUUGUCGCGCCUGAUGCGGGUGCAGAAAGCACAGGCCCUGUUGUCCAAUCGCCAACUCGGAUCUUCGCCUUCUUCAAAGGCCAGUACAACAAAUACUACCCGGCCACUUGGCUAAGCAUGACCAGCAGCUCGACCCACCGAGUAAAGUUCGACGACACGACGGUGGCAAUCGUCGACGCGCACCACAUCUGCAGACUCGAGCUGCAAGUCAACGACCAGAUCAAAGUCGAUCUUCCAGAUAUGCGUAACAAGACGUGGCUCGUCAAGGCCUUUGGGCCCGCUAUCCAGACCCCGAAAACAAAGGAUCACACUACCGAUGUCUACGGAAGGGCAUUGUUGCAAGUCCAGGCCAAGUCUAGCCGGACGAGCGUCCCUUCGAGUACAGCGGAGUUCCAAGCCGAAGGAGAAGUUGUGGACAUUCCGGUCUCGAGUGUGUACUUGACGCCUACGAUGUGGUCGCACUUCAAGGAUCGUAUGUUCGUCCCGCCAGCCACCUCCGUUGUGGACAGUAGAGCUGCGACGCCAUCGGCGGGUGUUAGAACGCCGGAUGUGACUACUCCCACUUCCCGAGCUCGAAGAGCUGGGCUGCAAACAGGGAAGGCCGGGGAUGCAACGACUUCGCACUUGCGCGAGGUUCCUUUGUCUUCCGCAGCCAGCAAUGACGAGUACGGUCUUUUCUCCGGCAUGGCCUUCGCCAUCUCCUACGGCGCCAACGAUGCCGGGAAAGCCAAUGUGACGCACCUCAUCAUCCGCAACGGCGGUCUCGUGCUCGAGAGCGGCUUCGAUGAGCUCUUCGAUCUGCCAUUCCUCGACGACGCACCUCCGAGUCCGGCAAAGAAAUCGCUUCGCGCAGGAGAGCAAGCCGAGCGUCCGGAAGACGACGACACCGUCGUCCUGAACCUCAAGCCCGAGUACCAGCGCCUAGGCUUCGUCGCGCUGAUUGCCGACCGCCACAGCCGCAGAGCAAAAUAUCUGCAAGCUUUGGCGCUCGGAAUUCCCACCUUGUCGGAACGGUGGAUCACUGACUCGCUGGACCGAUCACGCAAUCCAACUCUGCUGGCCAAAGAGGCCACUGCGACCGUAUUGCCUUGGCCGAAAUACCUCCUUCCAGCCGGCGAGAGCGCGUAUCUAGGCGGCGCCACUCGCUCAAGGACGAUGCUCGAGUACUCCGCGAAAGACGCCGUGCUAGCCAUAACGAUCGAGCAGCGCAGCGUGCUGUUGAAUGCAGAUGAUGGGGUGCUGAUUGUCGUUCCCAAGAAAGGCAAGGCGAGCUGGGAUCGUCGCAAGGCGUAUGCUUUUCUCACGCUUGCGCUGGGCGCUGGGAGGGUCAAGCGUGUGGGAGAUUUAUUUGAGGCGAAGGCUUUGUCGUCGCAUGAUGAUGCAGUGUGGCGGUGGAUCUAUGUUGACGGAGCGGUGGGGGAGGCUGGAGAGGUUGUGAAUGGGAAAGCGGGCAAGAAGAGGAAGCGGGAUGACGAGGGGUCUGCCAAGGCUGGAGGAGGGAAUCUUCUGUCCGUCGGUGAUGGGCGGGUGAAGAUUGUGAAUGAUGAGUUUGUCGUGCAGAGCCUGAUCUUGGGUGCUCUGGCGGACUGAAGAAGGGGGUUCUAUAAUUACAAAGUAAUCGCUUUAAUGCGGAAUAGAAUGCCCAAAAGAGCUUUCCAUCCUUAUCUCAGCCCCAACGGCUUCAAAAUCCUCUCCUUGGUCACAUUCGCCGCGACCUCGCCACCCCUCUGCAACGCCAAC